AUGAAUCACUCGAGCGGUUCAUCAGUACAAAUUGAAAUCUUCCCACCUGAAAAUAUGAAAAAUAAAAGAUUUUAUACAAAAGAAGCAAAAUUAUUGAACUUGACCCUCCUUGUGAUAUACCACCGGAAUCAUGGUAUUUUUUGUUUUGUGGUAGGUGACGACCUUGAGAGGUCCUUUGAAGUUACAGGCGACGACAAAAUGACCAUAUCGAAACUCAGAGAAAUAAUCUAUGAGAAGAAUAAGAACGAUUAUAAAAGUAUUAAUGCCAGAAACUUGGAUCUAUGGAAGGUGGAUAUUCCUGGUGAUACAGCGAACGUUAAACUGAAAACACUUCAAAGCAGAUCCCGUGAUGUGGAUAAAGAAAAUAUUUCUAUACAAGAAAUCGAGGUGAAAAGUUGUCUCCAUUUAGUGAUUUUGGCGACAUCUUUAAAUCAAGGGCUCAUUGACAUAUCUCGUAAGAUUACAGACCUUGGUUAUCUGCCUCGACAAGAUGGUCUUGGUGAUCUUGUGUCUUGUCUGGCCAAAAGACUUGAGGAGAAGAGGGUGAUUCUUGUCCAGGCUCCUCCCUAUUCUGGCAAAACUUCAUUAUCCAAAUUAUUGGAGAAUUACUUAGUAGUUAACUCUUCAAAACUACUCGGAGUAUUAAGGGUUUCAUUAGCCCUGCUAUUGCUAUGGGGUCUUUCUGUGGGAAAGAAUUGCGAAUAUGAUACAUUUUGUGAGGUGUGGGAGAAGAUUGUCGGUGUAGAAUGGUGUGAAUGGGUAGGACAAUGUCGAAAAGUUCCAUCUAUUUUAAUAAUAGACGAAGCUCAGAAGAUCUAUAAGGAUAUGAAUGAAGCUGAUGAAAGUAUGAAGAAUACAGGAACUGCAAUUGCAUUUUGGGAUACCAUUAAAAUGUGCCUUCAAUGGUCAAACCUUAGCGUCAUUAUGUUUGCCGCAUAUGGAUAUAAUACCAACUUGUAUUAUCAGUAA